AUGAUGGAUUUUGAUGAGCGUGUUCCUUGUUCCUCUAACAUGUAUUUGCCAAGUUGUACUUACUACGUCUCGGGUCCUGAUUUUUCCAGCCUCCCUUCUUUUUUGCCCCAAACCCCGUCUUCUCGCCCUAUGACAUACUCCUACUCCUCCAACCUACCCCAGGUCCAACCUGUGAGAGAAGUUACCUUCAGGGAAUAUGCCAUUGAUCCCUCCAGUAAAUGGCACCCCAGGAACAAUCUGCCCCACUGCUACUCCGCAGAGGAGAUCAUGCACAGAGACUGCCUGCCUGCCACCAACACUGCUAGCAUGGGCGAGAUGUUCGGCAAAAACACAGCUAACGUCUACCACCCCAGCACCAACGUCUCCUCCAAUUUCUAUAGCACGGUGGGCAGGAACGGGGUCCUGCCCCAGGCUUUCGACCAAUUUUUCGAGACGGCUUAUGGCACGGCGGAAAAUCUGGCCUCGGCGGACUACCCGGUAGACAAGAGUGGCGAGAAGGCGCCCGCGGCCGCCGGGGCGGCGGCGGCGGCAACUUCAAGUUCGGAGGGCGGCUGCGGCAGGGCGGCGGCGACGGCGGCGGAGAAGGAGAGGAGGAGGCGGCCGGAGAGCAGCAGCAGCCCCGAGUCAUCUUCCGGCAACAAUGAGGAGAAAUCCGGCAGUUCCAGUGGACAACGUACGCGUAAAAAGAGAUGCCCGUACACCAAAUACCAGAUUAGAGAGUUAGAAAGGGAAUUCUUCUUCAGUGUCUAUAUAAACAAAGAGAAACGCCUCCAGCUCUCCCGAAUGCUCAAUCUGACCGACCGUCAAGUCAAAAUAUGGUUUCAGAACAGAAGAAUGAAAGAAAAAAAAAUUAACAGGGACCGAUUACAAUAUUACUCAGCUAAUCCGCUACUUUAAAACUCAUAGCGUUUUUCAAGACGAGAUUAAAUUCAGAUUUCGCCCUUGACAAGGUCAAGCCACGGGGUUACGUGGAGGAAGGAGGUGUGUAUCUGACGGGACUUGAAGAAUCUAUGGUUUUACACACAUGUAAACCCACUCUGGAACUGCGAUGAUGAUUUUAUAUAUAUAUAUUUACAUAUCAACUGGAAUCGAUUUGAUUUUGACACACAUGGGAUCCAUUUCUGAACCUGCACGUCACCUCUGAGUGCAAAAUCCAUACCUCUUACCUUUGCAGGCACUGCGGCUCACCCUGCCACCGCUUUCGGCAGGCACGGGCGGGGACGGGUCCUUCUCCAUCCCCGGACUCGCCCUUCCUCGGCCCUUUCUCGCCCCUGUGCUGCUGUGGAACAGCUGUCUGGAGGUUGCCAGGUCGGGCUCACCCAACCAGGACCACUGCAGAAUAUAAACUCUGAGAAAAAAUCUUUUGUUCUUCCUUAGGAAAAUAUCUGGGUUUAGAGGCAGUGUUCCAUUGCUCAUGGGUUUGAAAUAAGAAUUGAAGGACGGACACACGCUCACACACACACACACACACACACACACACACACACAUACACACAGAGA